AUGAAGACAUCGUUAGUAACCAGCGUCCUCCUACUCCUCUCGCCCAUUGUAUCAUCGCUCGCAGUCCCGCGAACGGAUCUGAUCUCUAUCGAGGAGCGAGAGGCACUCGUGGCGGCAGUCGCCUCCGAUGCCGUCGAUCUAGAGAAGCGACGUGGUGGUGGUGGAGGUGGUAAAAGUGGCGGUGGUUCAAGUGGCGGUAGUAGUUCGGGUGGCAGUUCGAGCGGCUCUAGCUCCGGCAGUUCCGGCAGUUCGUCUGGCGGCUCUGGAUCUAGUGGCUCAAGCUCAAGUGGUUCAAAAGGUGGGAGUUCAUCAAGUUCAAGUUCAAGUUCCAGUGGCUUGGGGUCGGGCUCGAGCGGCGCAAAAGGAGGCUCUUCUGGAACUAGUUCAGGCUCAAGUUCUAACAUCAAAUCUGGUUCAGGCUCUACGGGCAGUACCUCGUCAUCGAGUAACGCCGGAGGCGCAAGCAGAGCUGGACCGGGGAGUUCCAGACCCUAUGGAGGUGGUAACUACUACGCCGGUGGCGCGGCAACUCCCUAUGCUGCCGGUAGUCGAUCCUCGUCCGGCAUCACCCCAUACCUCUUUGCAGGAGGCGCACUCGGCCUUGCAGCAGUUGCUGCAUGGCAUUAUCCAUUUGCCUAUGCCUAUCCUUACGGUGCGCCAUACUACUACCACACCCCGAUCAACCACGACAACCAGAAUAACACGGCCAAUUAUACCAUGAACGUGAUCUGCUAUUGCGAGCAGUACAGCGAGUGUGGAUGCGACGACAACAACAACUCGACCUUUUUGAAUGAGCUCAUUGGAGACCCUCCCCAGAACUCCAGCGUCGUGACGAUUAUCCAAAACGGAACCCACGAGACGGCGUAUGUCAAUGGUACUCUUGCGAACGGUACCACUUCAGCCGACCCUACGAUUUCCGGCGCAUCGAUUUUGGCACUUCCGUGGAAGGGCGCAUGGCCUGUUGUGGUGCUUGUGACUGGUAUGAUGUACGCUUUGUAA